UUAAUUUUGUAAUAAAUUCUUUCCUUAAAUUCAACUCUGCAUUCGAAAGAUGACGCUAAACAUAGCGAGACAAUAGUGACAGAUAAAACUAUAGAUAAGUUCAAACAAAUUCACCAAACUUUUCAAUUAGAAAAUUUGACAACCGACAAAAAUAUUUUCGAGUACAAAGAGCUCAUACAUAUUUUUCUGCAUUAGAAAAUUUGAUAAGUAACAGUACUUUUAAUUAAGUUCCAAAAGCGCAGUAAUAAAUUAAAUGUUACAGAGACAUGAUACGACCGAACGAAUUUAUGUUACAAUUAAAUUUUAUACUUCAAACUUAUAUUUUGGAAUUUUGAAAAUUUAGGACCUUUAGACAAGAUACAUUUUUGUAGUCAUGUAAUCUAUGCAUCAAAGUUAAUUAACUUGUUAAGGGGUUAAAAAGAAAAAAUUCUUUAUACACCUUCGAACGAAACAACUUCACUAUUAAAUCAGAGAUACAGUUUUCUGAUAAAGUUACCAAUUAUCUAUGUUUUAAAACAAAAUCAGAAAGUAUAUGAUUACAGUCGUAAUUACACACGUCCUCGCCUCAGCGGGAACUCAGGAAUAGUAGGGAGGAGCCGAAAGGGUAGCACGUCAAUCCCGAGGGAGCUCGUGCAUUCGCGAAGCGUCGCGCAACGAAGAAGGUCGAACACGGACGAGUUUUAGCGUCCAUAAGUCUCGGGAAACGAGAUUGGUGGUUAGUCAAAUCGAUCGAACGUAUAAAGAGACGAUCGUUGGAGAUGAACGAGUGCAGGCUCUGCCUUCGCGUCCAAGCGCGUUUGACGUCGAUAUUUAGCAAGGGUGAAGCUUCCGAACGCUUGCGUUCUCGUAUUCUGGACUGUUGUCCCGUCACGCUGUUCGAGGAUGACAGGCUACCGAAAGCGGUUUGCGAGCAGUGCAGAAAGAAGCUGACGAUCGCCUACGAGUUCCGUGAGCGGUGCAGAAGAUCGGAACUCGCUCUGCGAUCGCGUUAUGAAUCUCCUUACUGGAGGAAAUCGAAUGGAUUGGAUAGAGUUUUACUUCAAGAUCGAGCUGUACAGACUGACAUCGAAAUACGACCUAAGGAAAAUAAUAGAAAUGAAAUAGAAUAUAAGGAGAAGGAAGUAGAACCGAAGGAGAUCGAAAUAGAAUCAAAGAAUCACGAAACGAGUUUUCAGCAAGAGGGUCGAACUUUGGCAACAGCCAAAGAGGGAGAAUCCGAGCCAUCAAGGGUUGAAACCUGGAGGUUCGAAGACCACUUGAUCGACGAAACCGAAAUAAGCAACCCUACAAACCUACCCUUAAAACAACAAACUAUCAACACACAAAAUAACACCCAAAAUAAAAAAGAUCAAAGUGUACCCGAAAGCGUCGAAGCCACAGAGAAACGUUACCUCUGCGACGUCUGCAGUAAAACAUUCGUCUCAAAGUCCGGCCUGCGAUUUCAUCUAAAAUCACACAAUGGCGCAAAGCCGUACCAGUGCGGACACUGCGGCAAAGGAUUCGCGAUACCUAGUUACGCGAAAAGGCACGAGAGAAUCCACGCAGGAGAGAAAAGGUUCGUGUGUCACGUCUGCAGUGCGACGUUCGCGUCCUCGAACGGCCUCAAGUAUCAUUUGAGGUCGCACACAGGUGAAGCGAACUAUCGCUGCGACAUUUGUGGGAAAUCUUUCUAUCGACGGAAAUAUCUGAUCGAGCAUGGGUAUACGCAUACGGGGGAGAAACCGUUUGUGUGCAAGACGUGUGGGUCUUGUUAUGGAAACUCUGGGAGUUUGUUCGUUCAUGAGAAGCGAUGUAGGGUACGGGGGACGGAGGGUGAAGUGCAGCGACGACGGUGACCCGCGUAAGGAGUUCGUUAAUGUAUGAGACAUUGUGAUAUGUAGAUAUAUAUAUAGGUAUAUGACAUAUGAUACAUAAA